UACAUUAAUUUCUUAUAUAGAUUUUUUCAGUUGGGAUAUUACGACAUUGCUGAGCAGAGUGAAAAUUAACUGGUGCAAUAUAUACCUUCAAUUAAGCCGCUAUGCUGGGCCCCUUUGUGGACUUAAAUAUUGACUACUUCAGAUGGAUAAAGUGGUCAAUCACCAUAAUCUUGAUCCCUUACAUUCUGCCAGCAUUUAUUGCCAUAUUUUUUACCCUUAGUUCCUUGUACGCAUAUAUUUAUCAGAUUUUUAGCAGGAAUAAGGCUGAAUUAAAUUCAAGUGGACAAAAUACCUGCGGCCCAUGGCAUAUAUUUCUGUCCAGAAUUUGGAAUGCACAAGCCCGUUUAUGGCACGGUUAUGAGGUCGAAGGACUUGAAAAUAUUCCAGCAGAUGGGCCCGCAAUUAUUGUCCAUUACCAUGGCGCCGUACCAAUCGAUGUUUACUAUUUAAUCGCCAAAUGCAUCACAGAUCUUGGACGGUUGUUAAGUGUUGUUUCGGAUCGUUCAUUAUUUAAAAUUCCUGGCUGGGGUCCACUUCUACAAUUCAUUAAAGCAACCCCUGGAGGGUUUGACACCUGUAUGGGGAUUUUAAACGAGGGAAACAUCCUUAUAAUUGCACCCGGUGGGGCGUACGAACUGCAGUUCAGCGACAGCAAUUAUGAACUGAAAUGGAAAAAUCGAGUAGGCUUUGCAAAAUUGGCAUUGGCUGCCAAAGUGCCCGUAAUACCCAUGUUCACCAAAAAUAUUCGCGAAGGAUACCGAAAUCUUACGUGGGGUUAUAGAUUUAGACACUGGUUUUACGCCACCACGAAUCUCACUUUUGUCCCGAUGUAUGGAUUUUUCCCCGUCAAAUUGAAAUCUUAUAUUGGAAAGCCGAUAUUGUAUGAUGGGAAUAAGUCGCCAGAAAUGCUGGCGAAACAGGUCGCAAUGUCUAUCGAAGACAUUAUUAAGAAUCAUCAACGCAUCCCGGGAAGCAUUCUGCAUGCAUUUGCAGAAAGAUGGCUAACCUCAUCUCAAGAGAAGACGGAAUGAUUUCCCAACUGUGUAGGAAUAGCUCAGAUAAUAAAUACAUGUAUUUCUAGUAAAUCACACGAAAUCUCGUUGUGCAAAUAAAUUUAAAAAACAAUAUGGCGAUAC